CGCAACCUGUGGACCCGGGUAUCACGUUCGCUCUCCUCUCCAAACGACGACGGUGUGGCGGCGUGAGUCGCGCGACGCAGUCCGCUCUGCCCCCGACGGUGCGGCGGCGCUGGAUCGACUGCAGCGGCGGCGGCACUCCGACUCGAGGGGGCCACGGAUCUCUCCCCUCCGCCAUCCAUCCUCCCCGCCCGCUUUCUCGCCGGUUUCGUCUCAAUGGGGUUAUUCAGGGGCAGCUUUACUCUCUUGGUGGGAAUGGGAUGCGGUAUCUAUAUAGCGCAGAACUACAACGUUCCAAACGUCAAGAAGCUGUUCAACACCUAUGUUUUCCUGGCAAAGCACAUCGAGGAAACCUACCGGAAGCCAAAGAAAGACGAUGAUUGAUCCUUUUAUAUUGGUCUUCCCUGCUAUGCCUGGGGAAAGUGAUGUACAGCUAACGUGAUAGGGAACAUUUUUGAACUGGCGAGGGCAAUUUUGGUGAUCGACAGGUUAUGAACUAUGGUGGAUUAUCUUGGUUAGUUGGGAAUUCAGUUCCUGUAAAAAAUUUUGGUCUGUUUAGACCAUGAUGAAUAUGUAGACGAGCACUCCCCUUUGGUCAUGUUCCUGUGCCUGGGAAAUGGCACUGAACUUUGCAGUUGAAGUGGGGCGGUGGAUAAUCUCGCGUCAUAACAUGGAAUACACUGUUAUGUUUAGAUUUGCUAUUUUGCUUUGUUUUCUUAAAUUGCA